AUGGCGGCGACGGUGGCGACAGUGGCGACGGCGCCGACAAUGGAGACAACAAAGACUCCGACGGUGGAGGUGACGAGGACGACAGCGGCAAAAACGCCGCUGGAAGAAGAGCUGCAGAAGGAGAGAGAGAACAGCAGAAUGCUCUCCUCUCAAAUCUCUCAACUGGAGAAUCAGUUAGAGAAAAUGCAGCAGCAGCUACAGGAGUUGCAACAGCAAUUCCAGCAGCAACAUCAGCAGCCUGCGCCGCAGCGCGAACCUCCGCAGCAGCAGCCGCCCGCGCCGCAGCAGCGGCCGCCAUCGGGGAAGCAGCCGCCAACAGAGAAGGCGCAUCCACAGACGUUGGAGCAGCGGCUGGCCGGGUUCCAGGAAAGCAUCCUGGCCCGGAUGGCGUCGUUCGCGGCGGAUCUGCUGGGGACGCAGCCCCUGCAGCAGCAGCCGAAGCGGAAGCUGAAACUCUCCCAGAAGCAGCGAGAGCGGCAGCUGGACCUGUUGCAUCUGAUGCAGGAGUUGAUGCAUCUGAUCCAGCAGCAGCAGCAACCGCAACAGCAACAGUGGGAGCAGCGGGAACGGCAGAGGCAGCCCUCUCAACUGCGGCGACAGCGGGUCGCGCAGCAGCAGCAGCAGCAGCGGGUGGAGAACCCUCGGCCGCAGCCAACGACGACGGCGACAGCGCCCGAGCCCAGGCCAGCCUUUACGGCCGAGGGGUACCCCGCCCUGCCACAGGCCAGUGCGCCGGUGGAGGAUCUGUCCAGCUGGGCGGUCGUGGCGCGGCACCGCCCCCACACGGCCCGGGAAGCUCCGACUGCCAGUGCGUCUCGUCCGCAGCAGCAGCAACAGCAGCAGCGCCCAUCGCAGCGGGGCUGGAGCAGCCGUCUCCAGCGUGAUGUCGUGAGGGUCGCGCCGGUAGAGGGCGAGUCGUACGCAUCGCUUUUUGCCAGAGUGCGGGGCAGCGAAGCGGUCAAGCUGGCCCAGCGGAGGGUGCACCAGAGCUCCCAGGGCCACAUGCUUGUGGAGGUGCAACGGAGAGCUGAUGCAGCGGAGUGCGCCGCAACCAUCCGCGCGCUGGUUGGGGAGGCUGGCAGCACCACCCUGCUAGGCCCGAAGGCGACGGUGAUCGCCAACGGCCUCGACCACGAGGCCACACCAGAGCUGGUGGCAGCGGGACUGUCGGCGCUGCUGCCAAAUGGCGAGGCCGUCGAUCCGGCCAGCGUGCACCUGCGGAUGCACCCCAACGCCACCCAGAAGGCGAACGUGGUGCUGCCCGCCCGGCUGGCGGCGCAGUUGGCGGAAAAGCGUCUCCUGCUGGGGAUGGCCAGCGUCAGGCUGCACGUGGCGGAGCCAGUCCCACUGACCGGGAUGCUCAACAUCAUUCAGCUGAACCUGCGCCACACGGGCGUUGCCCGGGACCUUGUGGUGCAGGCGAUGAGGGAGCGCCGCGCAGACGUCGCCCUGCUGUCGGACGUCGGGUCGCGGACAAGUUGGAUAGCCGAUGCUCGUGGCUGGGCCGCCAUCGCACCCGGUAGCCGGCACCCAGUCCAGCAGGUGCUGUGCACCUCUGUCCCCGGCUUGGCAGCAGCAGUGAUGCGGGGUGUUACCCUCAUCAGCUGCUACGCGCCUCCAUCCCUGAGCAUGGAGCAGUUCGAGGACCUGCUGCAGGGUGUGGAACUCCUGGCCCAAAACAGCUCCCGUUGCGUUGUCGGGGGCGAUUUCAACGCUUGGGCCACGGAGUGGGGCAGCCGGAUGCUCAACGCCAGGGGAGCAAGGCUGCUGCAGUUGGCCGAUCGGAUGGGUCUGCGAGUGCUGAACCGGGGCAACACCCCGACGUUCCUGGGCGCAGGUGCGGCGUCGCCGUCCAUUGUGGACGUGUCGCUGGCAUCUUACAGCCUCGCAGACACAGGAGAUUGGCCAACUGCAGCAGCCUUGCUCCCCUGGCGUUGA